AUGGGGGAUGUGUCCCGGCCUGCCCCUCCCUGCCUGGGCAAAGGGAAGCCAGAGGUGAGGAGCUUCCCCUGCCGGAUCUGCGGGAAGCAGUUCAAGCGCUCGUCCACGCUCUCCACCCACCUGCUCAUCCACUCGGACACGCGCCCCUUCCCCUGCCCCUUCUGCGGGAAGCGCUUCCACCAAAAAUCCGACAUGAAGAAACACACCUUCAUCCACACAGGCGAGAAGCCUCACAAGUGCCAGGUGUGCGGCAAAGCCUUCAGCCAGAGCUCCAACCUCAUCACCCACAGCCGCAAGCACUCGGGCCACAAGCCCUUCGCCUGCUCCCUGUGCCCCAAGGGCUUCCAGCGCAAAGUGGACCUGCGGCGCCACCAGGAGACCCACGGGCUCUUCCACAGCCCCGGGGGCAGCCAAGCGCUGGGCGCCCUCUGCUAGGGGCUGGCUGAGGCCUGGGACGCCUGGUCUGCGGGGAGACGCCGUGAGGAGAAACCCCAGAACUGAGGGGGCUUGAGGCUCAGCCCCCGGCCCCAGGGCUGGCAGGUGCUGCUGGGACCUGCAGCCCCCAGGCGCCAGCGCCGGCAGGAGGACGCGGGUGCCAGGCUGAGCCUGGAUGGGCGGGCGCCGUGGAUCGGGCAGGGCAUUGCUGCGGUGAA